CUCGCGCCACCAGCCGCCGGCCUCUCCGCCUCCGCCAUGGACGCGAAGCUGCUGGAGGACAAGCUGACCUGCUCCAUCUGCCUAGGCGUCUACCAGGACCCGGUGACGCUGCCUUGCGGCCACAACUUCUGCGCGGCCUGCAUCCGGAACUCGUGGCGCCGCUGCGAGAAGGCCUGCCCCGAGUGCCGCGAGCCCUUCCCCGACGGCGCCGAGCUGCGCCGCAACGUGGCGCUCAGCGGGGUGCUGGAGGUGCUGCGCCUCGCCCCGCCGGAGCCCGGCCCCGAGCCCCCUCUUCUGCCGCACCCAGGGCCGCUGUGUGUGCAGCGUGUGCACCGUGCGCGAGUGCGGCCCCCACGAGCUGGCGCUGUUGGACGCGGAGCGCCGUGAGCGCGAGGCCCAGCUGAGAGCCAAGCUGGAGGUCACCCAGCAGCAGACCACUCGAGCCAACAGCCAGCUCCAAGAGCUGCAGCAGCAAAGAAGCCAGAUCCAGAACUCAGCCUGCACCCUGUGCUCCGUGGUCUCAGGCAAGUUCAGCCGCCUGCUGCAGGCCCUGGAGCUGCGUCGGAUCUCAGCGCUCAGGGACAUCGAGGCAGCCAAGACACAAGUGCUGGCACCAGCCCUGGAUGAGGAGCAGCGGCUGCAGGGCCACCUGGAGGCUCUGGCUCAGUAUGGCCAGAGGGUCCAGGAGCUCCUGGAGCAGGAGGAUGACCAGACCUUCCUCCAGGAACUGCAGCAGCUCUCUGAGCCCCCAGAACCCUUUGGGCCACUGACCACCCUGCAGUGGGAUGAAGACCAACAGCUGGGCAACCUGAAGGAGUUGCUGAACCUGCUGUGCGGCCUCCUCCUGGAAGAGGGGACCCCUCCCGAGGUGCCAGCCAAGACUGCUGACUUGGACCCCGUGGAGGCCCCAGAUCCCCUGGUGCAAGUCCCGAGCGUGGUGUGUCCACUGAGGAAGGAACUCUGGCAGAAUUAUCGAAAUCUCACCUUUGAUCCAGACAGUGCCAACCACCACUUCAACCUAUCCUGCCAGGACCGCCGGGUGACACACUGUCGGCAGUCUCAAGGCCCGGCCCGGCCGGGCAGCUUCAAGCUCUGGCAGGUGCAGUGUGCCCAGAGCUUCCAGGCGGGGCACCACUACUGGGAGGUACGCGCCUCUGACCACUCAGUGACUCUGGGAGUCGCCUACCCGGAACUGACUCGGCAGAAGCUGGGAACCAACACAGACAACAUCGGCCAGGAGUCCUGUUCCUGGGGCCUCUGCAUCCAAGAGGACAGUGUCCUGGCCCGGCACAAUGGCGAUGCUCAGCGCCUCCCCCGGGUGUCUGCACGGCUCCUGGGCGUGGAUUUGGACCUGGCUCGUGGCUGCCUCACCUUCUACAGCCUGGAGCCGCAGGUCCGGCUCCUGCACACCUUCCACGCCCUCUUCAGCCGGCCCCUCUGCCCCGUCUUCUGGCUCCUGGAGGGAAGGACCCUCACCCUGUGCCAUCGGCCUGGGGCCCAGCUCCCUCCAGCACCACAGGAAGAGGCCUCAGUGCUCAACUGAGGAAGCCAUGGGACAGUACUCUGGGCUGGGGACAGGUGCCAUUGGGCCUGUGUGCCCAAGAGCUGCCCAGCCCCUGGCCUGAGGCUAUAGUGAUUCCGAGAGAAAUAUUCUAAUGAUGGUCAAAGGGAUCACAGUUCUCAAAGGAGUGACUA